CUGGUUGACAACGCUACCAACAACACCGUUUUUCAGCGGCUUGCCAACUCUGCCGACAUCAGCAAUACUGCGGCGAGGCGUUUGGAAUGGAGUGUUGGACAUGUCGAGACCAUCAUCAAUGCCAUGCUUGCUAACGGCAUGGCGCGGGUAGCACCCGACGCGAAACCCAUUUUGGAGCUCAAGAAUAAGAAUGGCACGUGGUGGCGUAACUUCUUCCUGCAUCGCCCUGAAGUCGGCGAGAGCAUGACAUAUACCGUAUUCGACGUACCAGAAACCGACCAGGACCGGCUCGCCGGGCUUGACUUUGUGGGCGACGUCUUCGCAUACUACUACACCUACAAGGACCCCGCGGUACGGUACUCUUUAAUUGGGCUGCUAGUGUAUUGCGUUAUGGCAGUUGCGUUCAUAUCGUGGAGCCUUUCAACAGGCAUCACGAGCACGAGCUGGGAGUCGACACCUGAGCUGCUGGCACUGGCAAUACGGAGCCCGGUCCCUGAGAAUAAUGAGAUGCCGACGAGUAUGCUAGAGGAGAUAGAGCCCUUGCGCAAGCGGUACUGCGUGGUGGUCGGUGAAGGAAACAGUCUGCAGUUGCAGCCUAUGGAUGAAGUUGAUUUGAAGAAGACGGUUAAGGCGAAUAAGAAGUAUCACUGA